CCCUCCGGCAGAUGCUGGAAGAGCAGCAGCCAUAUACCGAGGAGGAGUUGUUGGAGUUCGAGAGGCACAUCUCUCAGACAGAAGACGAGCUGAACCGGAAGAGAGACGAGCUGGACCGGCAACACGAGGAGCUGCAGAAGCAGCACCAGCACAUCCAGGCCCAACGUCAGGAGCUGCAGCAGGUGGUACAACAGAUGGAGCAGAAGAAGCAGCAAUCUCCUCCCCCCUCCGUCCCGGAGCCCGCCUCCAAGUACCAGCCAGCUGUGGACCAUGUUGGCCAUUUAGGAGAAGUCGGGAAGUCUCAGCCACUGCCACCGGGUCAUUUAUCUGAAGCUGCAGUGCCGCACAGCCAGGCUGCCCCAUGACACAAAGCCGGAGAUAGAACUCUGUGAACGAUCCUACUGAAAACGACUGCAGAGUGUGAUCACCACCUGCCCGUCCACUACGCCC